CCCGGGGCAGGUGAACCUGGCCAAUCAGAGGGGCGGGCCGCAGGUACCCGGCUUAUCUGGACGACUAGCCAAGGAGCGCGCCCACUGCGCACCGGGUGGAUGGGGUGGGAGGCGGGCGCGCGGGUGAACCACGGGUGGGAGUGCGGCUGCCACCUCCCCAGAGCCGCCGCGCCCUGCCCGGUCCAGCGCGCCCGGAUCUGCUGCCGGAUCGGGCCGGUUGCGCGCCGAGCCCGACGUGGCUCCCUGGUGUUCCCGCGCCCGGGUCCGCCUGAGCGCCGCCCUCGCCCGGCCCUGAGCCAUGUUCCAGCCCGCGGCGGCGGCCAAGCGCUGCUUCACGAUCGAGUCCCUGGUGGGCAAAGACAAUAGCCACCCGCUGGCAGAGGAGUCUCUCCGUCCCGUCGCUGCCGCCGCCGCCGCCGCCGCCGCCCUCGGAUACCCGGCCAGCGCCGCCGUCGAGGCCUUCGCGCACGGCUUCCAGGGCUCGGCCGCCGCCGGGCGUUCGCUCUACGGCGGGCCGGAGCUGCUCUUCCCGGAGGCCGUGAGCCACCCGCCUGCCCUGGCCGUCCACCCGCCGCAGCUCGGCUCCUCGCACCUGCCUCCCUCGCCGCACCCUUUCUUCGGCCCGCAGCCGCGCGACCCGCUCAACUUCUACCCCUGGGUGCUGCGGAACCGUUUCUUCGGGCACCGCUUCCAAGGCGGCGAAGUGUCCCAGGAGAACCUGCUCUUGCACGGGCCCUUCGCCCGGAAGCCGAAGCGCAUCCGCACCGCCUUCUCGCCCUCGCAGCUGCUGCGGCUGGAACGCGCCUUCGAGAAGAACCACUACGUGGUGGGCGCCGAGCGCAAGCAGCUGGCCGGCAGCCUCAGCCUCUCCGAGACCCAGGUGAAGGUCUGGUUUCAAAACAGAAGGACCAAAUACAAAAGGCAGAAACUGGAAGAAGAAGGUCCCGAAUCGGAUCAAAAGAAAAAGGGAUCCCACCACAUCAACCGAUGGAGGAUUGCCACCAAGCAGUCCAACACGGAGGACAUUGAUGUCACGUCCAACGACUAGCGAGAGGCGGGAGGAGGCGGCCACUGGCGAGCAGGGCCGAAAAGGACCGUGUGGGAAAGCAAGGACUCAAUGGAGAUCCAGCUGCUCUCCCCUCCACCAGGGGUGCCCCCUUCAUGGGGAAUCGGGGGGAGCCUAAGGAUGAUCUAGGAAAUCCCUUCUCUCCUGCGAUCUUGCCCGCUGCCUAGCUGCCACAGGGCAGACUGGGGAACCGUGGGACAUGCCCAGCCCAGCCAGUGCGGAGGGCAGGGCCGCCAGGGACGAAGGGAAGCCCUUCGCCAGCCGUGUGAACAGAUCCAUCCAUUCACCAAGCCCUCCGCCGUACUCCAUCCUCUCGUCUUUGUUGCACUUUGGUGGGAUAAUUUUUUAAUCAACAAAAAAGAAUGCAUUUUUAUUUUAAUUUAUUAUUUCGUGUCUCUGCAUUUGCUGGGCCUGUGUACAUACUCUGAUGUCAUAGAUAGCAAGCAGCUGUAGUGUGUGUUGCUGUGCCGUGAAUAAAAAUAACCUGGGUUGGAAGUGCAA